AUGGACUACUUGCUGCCGGCAGCAACAUAUCAGUCUCCUUCUCGGCCGGUCCGAGGUACAAUACUUAAUACCAUAAUAGAAGAGAAACAUGAGGGGAGCUUGGGCCAUUCAAGCAAUGAAAGCGGCACAGACACAGACGAGGGAACUGUUGUAUACAACCCGAUCAAUCUUCACGCAAAGCUGGCCACGAGCAUAUCAACAGGCAAAGACGCAGCAAUCCCUCCAUUGCCGCUUUCAGACAUCUCCUCACUGGCAUCUCAGGAGUAUGGACGACAGCCAACACCGAAGAGUUUCGACGAGCUCUACGACGUCAGUGACAACGAAACCGAAUUCUCUGACUCUUCUUCAUCGUUGAAAGAUUCCGUGUCGAGUCGCCCAACAAGCUUUGCCACAGAGUCAACGCGAAACAGUAUUGCGAGCUCUCGAUCCGGCAGUAAACACCGAUAUCCUACGAUCAUGAUACCGCCUAGCAACAUAUGGCCUUCUCUUACAGGACCAGGUAAAGGAUCUCCAGCAGUUCCUCCUACCCCACCGUCAAAGAUUCCAGUCUCACCAGCCGCGCUAUCUCUGCUCCCAAGAUUUGUACCCGCCAUUAACGCGCCACCGUCACUUGAUGGUAGCAGCAUGACGUCAGAACAAGUCUCUUGCAUCAGUGCCCCGGUUACCCCAGACAUGCAAACUCUGAAAGAAGGCGUGAACUGGGACGCACCACAUGCAGUCCGCCUGAGACGUGAUGUAGACUUGGCUCGGGAUGACACGGAAAGUGAAUCAAUGUCAGCAAAUGGUGAGAUAGUCAUUGAGCAGCCCAUUGACUGGGAUGAAAUUGGAGAUUUCCCACGCAUUCCAGGUGCCACACCGCAGGAAAUGUCACCAGUUAUGCCAGAUCUGCAUGGAUUGGGCGUUUUGCGUUCAGGUUCGCCGUCAGAUCGCGGCGUGUUAUUACCGUCGGACGCUUUGCGAACACUUCAGUGUCUGGCUCCCGAGGGUAGUUCUGACGUAUACUCAGAAUCAUCAAGUGACGACCAAAGAGAAAUGCGUGAGUACGCGGACCCAGUCAGCCGUCCACGAAGCAUGGAUGGAGCUACCCCCGCUUCUAACCUCUCGGACUACAGCUUCUCUCAACUCAGCAUUCCAUCGCCCGGUGGCUUCUUCUCUUCACUGAAGACCGGAAUUCGUCAGACCUGGUUUCCUGGUACAAGCAAACAGUUGAAUCCGCCGUCAUCUACUACUGCUGAAAACUUUUACAAUGUGCCGUGGCAGCCGCCACAAAAUAUUGUGGAACAAGUGGUUGAGAUUGAGGAAGCAAAUACCGAGGGGCCUCCGACUGCGCGACAACACUUCAUGGAGACCCCAUCAACAGCCCGACUUGUCACCAAAGACAAUCCUUGUUCUCCGGCGACUGCUGCUGAGCAGUCAGAAAGCAUACCGAACAGUGUUAAGACAGUCAAAGAGAACCUGAGAUCACCACAGUUACGCUACGAAUACGAAGAAGCCUACGAGAGCGAGCUGUUACACGGCGCUGCUGCUCACCUGGAUCGAACAAGUACAUGGUUAGCAGCUCAAAUCUCCUACCUCUCAGCACUUUGUGAAACCAACCCUGCAAACAAUGUAAGCGGAUCGGCUUGCUCUAAGCUGGAGCACAUGCACGAGAUGAAUGACUCUGCCGAUUCACCAAUCAGGAAGGUGGUCCGAUUUCUGGAGGCGACCACCCCGACCAGAGACGACGUCGCAGCACAGAUUGGUCAGCACGAGGAGCAUGCUUACUAUCAUGCCUUUCAACACUUGACGCGCCACAGCAAGCGUCGGGAUGGAUUUAUCCAUGCUACUCCUCGCUUCGAUGCUGUCCAAGCCAACCGUACCGCUUUAAUGAGUGAACAUAUUGAUCGGUUGCGUGGCAGAUAUGAAGUUCGCGAACCAACUAGACCCAAAUACUGCGGUCCAUUCUCGCAAAAUCCGCGGGCAACAGGUGUCCUUGAUUACACACCUGCACAGAUGGCGUUCUUGAUGGUCGAAAGGGAAAAAGGCGUGCUUGAUCAAACCUCCCCAGCUUACUGGACAACGGAGGCACUCAAAUACUUGAACGGCGGCAAUUUACUUCUCAGCAACGCUGCCAGAAGACUUGCUCAGGCCGAACUCCCCGUUGACGGUCGAAAAGGUGUUGGUAAAAGGGGCACCCGAGUUCUGGACCUUGGCGGCAAGCCGUCUUGUGACUGGGCCUGGCACUGCGCACGACAAUUCCCCAACGUCAAGACGUACACCGUCGUUACUGAAUCUGCUGCAACAAAUCUAAAUAUCACGGGUCCAGCCAAUCACCGCUUGGUCAUCACUCCUCAGCUAUGGAAGCUCCCCUUCGGUGACAAUCACUUUGAUCUUAUUUCGGCGCGGUCGCUUCACGCCAUGCUCAAGCACGAACCAGUGCCUGGCCAGAGCCACAUAGAUGAGUACGACCUAUGUUUGAGAGAAUGCUAUCGAGUCCUCAAGCCAGGAGGAUACCUCGAGUUCAUGUUGAUGGAUGCUGACAUAGCUCAUGCCGGCCCACUUGCCAACGCUAUGUCAGUUGAAUUUCGGUUCAAGUUGAAGACUCGUGGAUAUGAUCCCUUGCCCACCAAGUCUUUCCUUGGACGGUUGCGGAAGACCAAAUUUGUCGACGUCAAGCGUGCAUGGAUGUUCCUGCCGGCUGGCGCACCAACUCCAAACCCAUUGGCGCCACGUGAAACUCCACUACCGAUUCCACCUUCAGUAGGCGGAGCAGAGGCUGUGCAUGGUGCUGUUGGAAGCACUGCUGAUGUGGCUAAUGUCACUGGAUUGCUCGGAGCAUGGAUGUGGGAGCAGUGGAUGCUGAAGCUGCAAACAGAGAUGGGGACGGAAAAGGAGAAACUUUUGAAAGGCGUGGCAGGUGUUAUUGAGGAGUCGAAGAAUUGUGAAGCCGGAUGGAGAUGCUUGAGUGGCUGGGCGAGGAAGCCUAAGCAAAAGACCAAGCAGAAGGCCAAGGUAGGGAAGAGAGCUCGAGCCCCGACGACCGAGACGAUUCAUAUCAGGAUCGAAGAAUAA